AUGACUAAUGACGAACUUUUUCUACUUGAUCUCUACAAUCACCAAGAAUACGCAUUUACUUUCGAACGCCCAGAAUUUCUAUAUUCAGACGCGGAGAUUUUUGCGUUGGAAUUUCUGGAAAAUGGCCAUUUAUUGGCCGUUCUGCAAACCCCACUCAACGGCGAAUUGCUACUCUGCGAAUUGGAGUUAGACCGUAUUAAACGCAAAACAAAUAUUGUUGAUAAAGUGCUGGAAACAAAGAUGAAAAUUGAGCCUCAUAGACGGCUAUUAGCUAUCAAUGACGAUCAAGGUUUACUCCUCGUAUCAUUUCCAAUUAAAAUUAAUAAGAGUCAAGACUUCCACAUUGAAUUGCUGCAUUGUACUCGGUAUAUCAAAGACAAAACCGGGGGAAAACUGUCGAUCCCGGUGAAAUAUAAUGCACCGCGGGAGAUGGUACUACAUCAUGCGGCUGUGGCUAGGAAUCAUCUGUACUUGUUCGACUCGUUGGACGUGAAGAUGUGCAUCUGUUUUCCGAUUACUGGGGCGCAGAUUGGGAGGGCAAACACCCUGAUGGCUCACGGCGACUGCCCUCCAAAUUCCUCGAUAAUGACUUCGGUGUUUCGGGCCAUUGAAGAUGUGGUGCUCGUGUAUGUUUGCCAGGAUGUCUCCAAUGCAAAUGCACAGCCGCAGCUCUACGCCCUCGAUUUGAUGCGUCUCUCCUUCCAACGGGUCGCCCUCCAACUGUCCAACCAUCAAAUACGCGGAAAAGUGUGCAUCUGUGUCGGGGGGAACGAGACGAUCUAUCUACAAGGGGAUUGUCUGGAUCGGCAGUGCCCGAAUCGGCUGCACUUCUACCGUAUCGAUUUGUUGCCGUUAAUGAAUUUGCCCAAAAUGAUUUCAACUGAGACAUCGUCGACACCGUCAUCCGGCACGUCGUGUAGUUCAUCGGCAUAUUCGAUUAAUUCGAUAGGCAGUUCGGCAAGUUCAGUGGUGCCCACAAUCCCAUCUCGAUAUGAAAAACGACGAGGAAGAGCGGCUGAGAAAAAGAUCACUGUAAACGAUGAAAGACCGAACGAAAUCGUUGGAUUCAUUGUCGGUGUUAUCGUCGGCGAG